AUGCAACUAAGCAACGUGGACUUUACCCCAGUCAAGGGUUUGGUACAGGGCAUGCAACGCUGCACUAUUGCCCGUCAGUUUAAAGGGGAAGCUACCAUCAUUCAAAACUUUCGUUUGCCCGAUGAGGUGCUGCUUUCUCUUCGAAAAGUGUUAUCGACUCAAGAGCAAGCUUGCGUGUGGGUGGACAUGCAGGGAUGCACCGAUGAACAGAACAGGAAUGUUCUCCGGCUGCUCUUCCCAGACCUGCAGCAAAGUCAGAUAGAAGGAGUCCUCAGCCCGGAAAAGUAUGAUGCGGUGGAAUUGCAGCCGGUGAAGGGAGAGUACCUCAUUGGGAGCCUCGCAUGCGCCUGUGAGCGGCAACGGUGCGCGGUGGAAAUGGAGGACGAGGAGAAUACAGUCAUAUGCUCCUUUGUGUGCAACGACCGUUUUUUGGUGACGAUGCAUGCAGCCCCGUUCCUUGGCCUUAAGGAGUUGCUGCACCACGUGAAGGUGGGGGGUGGCCUUCUCAUUCAGGAAACAACGUCCGAAUUUUGUGACUCGGAAGGGACUGACAUUUUCACCAUGAAGGGGUCUGCGGUACUGUGCGCGCUGGUGUGCUUUACUUGUGAGACGUACUUACCAAACCUUACGGGGUUGAUCAGUGAGGUGGACUGCAUUGACGAGAUGGUGCUUCUUGUUGCGCCUGGUAAGCGUGAUCAGACAGACCUCCUGCGCCGUGUCUCCGUGCUGCGCCGUCGUAUGUCAACGGAGAAUGCGAGACUGUACUUGAAGGAGAAGCUGCUGCAGGAAUUGAUGGGACCCACGAUGCGCACGACUUUUGUUUCACGAGACUCUGAAUUGGUAAAGGCGUAUCGAGAGGUAUUUAUGGAGCUCUCACAGGUACUGGAACGUAUGGAAGUUGCCCGUGACACAUUGAACCACGUGAAUCUUAACUUUGUGAAUGCUGUGUUCAUGCGCAUGUCUCAGGCCUCUGCCGGGUUUGACUACCGAAUGAUGGUUAUCAGUCAGAUCUCCACUAUCUGUCUUCCCUUGAAUCUGUUGGCCUCAUUUUAUGGAAUGAACUGCAAGGUGCCGUGGUCAGCAGACGAUUACGACAACCUGAAUUGUUUUUGGGCUAUCAUGGGCAUUAUGCUUGCGUGGACGAUCAUUUGCAUGUUCCAGCCCGUGCGGCUACUUUUCUGCUCGCGAGAAGCGGAUUUCGAGUGA